UUAGUAUGAUAUAGGGAUAUUUAAAAAAAAUUAACCGAACCUAAAGCACACUUAAUGAUAUAUUGUAUAUGUAUAUUUGUAAUAUAUGUAUUAUUAGUCUGACACCUUGCGCUAAUGCAGUUUACUUAUUACAUAAUAUAACUGAUAUGAUAUAACUGACAUUUAUAGGGACUGUAUACUCUUUAUGUUCUUGUUUAGUUAAAAUGCCAAGAAAAAAGAGAAUGCAUCCUGAACAUGAUGCCAAAGAACAUGUGUUGACAGGCAAAGACAAAGCCUUCAUUGAGGAAAGACACAUCAAUGCAUUUAAAGGGAGAGGUGUGUUUGCGCUUGAACACAUUGAAAAAUCCACAUUUGUUGUACAGUACCGUGGAAUUCUGUCCCAGAGUAAACAUGUUGAAGACACGCAAGGCAACUACUUGUUUGAUUUCACAUGGAAUGGAAGACGUUAUUGCAUCGAUGCUUCAAAAGAGGAUGGAUCACUUGGAAGAUUGGUGAAUGAUGAUCACAUACACCCAAACUGCAAAGUCAAGACAGUUGUGUUUAAAGAAAAGCCACACUUAUGCCUUUUUAGUAUUAGAGAUAUCUUUCCAGAUGAGGAGAUAACGUACAACUAUGGUGAUUCCUCUUGGCCAUGGCGAUCCAUGGAAUUGGGUGAUAAGAGCUCAGGGACUGUGGACGAUUGCAGUUUUCAUCCUUCUCCAUCAGAGAAUUACAGUGUUAAUCCUUCAUCAGAGAAAGAGAAAGAAUUGGGUGAUAAGAGCUCAGGGACUGUGGACGAUUGCAGUUUUCAUCCUUCUCCAUCAGAGAAUUACAGUGUUAAUCCUUCAUCAGAGAAAGAGAAAGUAAGUGAAGAUGUUUUUCUUCAGGACACUGAUGUGAUGUUAGAUGUUGAAAGCUUUUACGUGAGUUCUUGUCUCAAACUUUGA